CCCCGUACACGCACACCGCGCCGCAAUGCCGCACCGCCACCACCGCGGCCUCCCGCUCCCCACCCUCCUCCUCCUCCUCCUGCUCCUCCUCGCCACCACCGCCUCCGCGGCCGGGGUGGCGGCCCCCGGCGCCGCGUCGCACUCGCAGCCGACGCUGCUACCACCCCCGGUCCAAGCCGCGGCGGCCCCGCCCGCGGCGCCGGCCUCGAAGCCCCCGGCCCCCAGCCGCUCGCAGCCGACGCUGCCGUCCCCGGUCCACGCCGCUUCGCCCCCCUCCGCGGCGCUGGCCUCGAGGUCGCCGGCCCCGGCCGCGCUCCUCGCCGCCUUCCUCGCCAAGGCCGACCCGUCCUCCCACCUGCGCGUGCCCCCGGCGCCCUCCCCGUGCUCCCGCCCCGGGAUCACCUGCACCGCGUCCGGCCAAAUCAUCCGUCUCGUCCUCGAGUCGGUGGGGCUCAACGGGACGUUCGCGCCGGACACGCUCUCGCGCCUCGCCGAGCUCCGCGUGCUCAGCCUCAAGUCCAACGCGCUCCACGGGCCCGUCCCGGACCUCUCCCCGCUCGCCAACCUCAAGGCGCUCUACCUCGCGGGGAACCGCUUCUCGGGCCCGUUCCCGGCCUCGCUCGCGACCCUGCGCCGCCUCCGCUCCAUCGACCUCUCCGGGAACAGGCUCUCCGGCGAGCUCCCGCCCGGCAUUGAGGUCGCGUUCCCGCAUCUCACGUUCCUGCGCCUCGACGCCAACCACUUCAACGGCUCCCUCCCGGCGUGGAACCAGUCCUCGCUCAAGGUACUCAACGUCUCCUACAACAACUUCUCGGGCCCGGUGCCGGUCACGCCCGUCAUGACCCAGGCGGGCGCCGCCGCGUUCGCGGGCAACCCGGAGCUCUGCGGUGAGGUGGUCCGCCGCGAGUGCCGCGGGUCGCACCUCCUUUUCUUCCACGGAGGCGGCAGCAACGGCACCGCCGCUCCCCCAGUUCAGAGCGCUGCCGCCAGCGACAGUGACCCGCAGCGAGAGAGCCUGAGCAUGCCGGAUUCGUCCGCGCCUCACGCGAAGAAAGUGAGGAGGAGGACCAUGUUGGCUGUCGCGGUUGCCGUGGGGACGGUCCUAGCCGCGCUUCUCCUUUGCGCCAUGAUUGCGAUGAAGAGGAGCAACAAGCGGAGGCGCCCGAGCUCCGCCUCGUACGCAAGCCCCAACCCCAAGAAGAACGCGCCCGCGUCGGAGGUGAGCAGGGACAAUGCUGACAUUGGCUACGUGGAGUGCGUGCCCGAUGAGGAGACGGCCGCGAUUAUGGUGCCGGAGGAGAAGGCGCGGCGGCUGGAGCGGAGCGGUUGCCUAACGUUCUGCGCGGGCGAGGCGGCGAGCUACAGCCUCGAGCAGCUGAUGCGCGCUUCAGCAGAGGUGCUCGGCCGCGGGAGCGUGGGGACGACGUACAAGGCGGUGCUCGACGGCCGGCUCGUCGUGAUUGUGAAAAGGCUGGACGCAGCCAAGAUUGGCCCGGCGGCGCUGGAAGCUGAGGCAUUCGAGCAGAACAUGGAUGCAGUUGGCCGACUGCGGCAUCCGAACCUUGUGCCGCUCCGGGCAUUCUUCCAGGCUAAGGAGGAGCGGCUGCUCGUGUACGACUACCAGCCUAAUGGCAGCCUCUACUCUCUCGUCCAUGGUUCAAGGUCAUCGCGGGCAAAACCACUUCACUGGACAUCAUGCCUGAAGAUAGCAGAAGAUGUUGCACAGGGCCUUGCUUACAUUCAUCAAGCAUCUCGACUUGUCCAUGGGAACAUCAAAUCUUCUAACGUUCUGCUUGGUUCAGACUUUGAGGCUUGCCUUACAGACAAUUGUUUGUCGUUCCUCCUGGAAUCAUCAGAGGUCAAAGACGAUGCUGCUUAUAGAGCACCAGAAAACAUGAAGUCCAACAGAAUGCUAACUCCAAAAUCAGACAUAUACGCUUUUGGUGUCCUCCUCCUUGAGCUCCUUAGCGGAAAGCCACCACUUCAGCACUCAAUCUUGGUCGCAAGUAAUCUCCAAACCUACGUUCAGUCAGCGAGAGAGGAUGAAGGAGUGGACAGUGACCGCAUCUCAAUGAUUGUCGACAUAGCCGCUGCUUGCGUUCGGUCCUCACCAGAAAGUCGGCCCGCUGCCUGGCAAGUACUUAAGAUGAUUCAAGAGGUGAAGGAAGCAGAUACAACUGGCGACAACGACAAUGACAGUGAUCUUACCAGCAACUCCUAGUUGCUGCCUCUAUGGGUCCAUGUAGUGGAUACUUCGAAGCAACCAUAUCGACGCCAGUGUAGGAGCUUGUCUACACAGGUUCUGGCUGGAUGGAUGUAGACCGGAUAUUCAAAGUGACGAUGACCUCUAGUGUAGGAGAAGGCAAUAGAAUCAUGAUCUCUCUGGUUGGUAUCGUUUGAGCUAUGGAUGCUGUAACAUAUUUAGGAUCAGUAAUGGCAGCAUGUUUGCUACCACUAGCAAUUUUAGCUCAACUCUGUUCUGUGAAAGUUUAUUAGGCUUUAUAGUAAGUCAAGUUACCAAAGCA